CCUGAGUCACUCAGUUACAGUUAACUCAGGGUUAUCACUCGCAGUUUCAAAGCCUGGCAGCUCUCACACAGCCUGGGCUUGUGAAGGCCUUGGAUGUGUGUCUCUAAGUCAAUGAUGAGGGUAUCAGAACCGAUCCUGGACAUGGAUAUGGCAAAUUACAGUGAAGUUUUGGACCCAACGUAUACAACCUUGGAGUUUGAAACCAUGCAGAUUCUGUAUAAUUCAAAUGAGAGUUCUGCCCCAGAGACGACAAGUAUGAAUACCGCAGACAACGGGGUCAACUGUCUGUGUGCCAUCUGUGGGGACAGGGCCACCGGGAAGCACUACGGAGCGUCCAGCUGUGAUGGGUGCAAGGGCUUCUUCAGACGCAGCAUUCGCAAGAGCCACGUGUAUUCCUGCAGGUUCAGUCGGCAAUGUGUUGUUGACAAGGACAAAAGAAACCAAUGCAGAUAUUGUCGGUUAAGAAAGUGUUUUAGAGCAGGAAUGAAGAAAGAAGCUGUGCAGAAUGAACGCGAUCGAAUCAGCACCCGGAGAAGCACUUUCGACGGCACCAACAUCCCCUCCAUUAACACGCUGGCCCAGGCGGAGAUGCGGUCUCGCCAGAUGUCAGCCUCAAGCCCUGGUGUGAGCACAGACAUAAAUGUGAAGAAAAUUGCAAACAUUGGUGAUGUCUGUGAGUCUAUGAAACAGCAGCUCUUGGUCUUGGUUGAAUGGGCAAAAUACAUCCCUGCCUUCUGCGAGUUACCGCUGGAUGAUCAGGUGGCCCUGCUGAGAGCUCAUGCUGGGGAGCAUUUACUGCUCGGAGCUACAAAGAGGUCCAUGAUAUAUAAAGAUAUUUUGCUUUUGGGAAACAACUACAUUAUUCAGCGCAACAGCUGUGAGGUCGAGAUCAGCCGUGUGGCCAACCGCGUCCUGGACGAGCUGGUCCGGCCGUUUCAGGAAAUCCAGAUCGAUGACAACGAGUACGCUUGUCUGAAGGCCAUUGUGUUUUUUGAUCCAGAUGCCAAAGGGCUCAGUGACCCCAUGAAGAUCAAGAACAUGCGGUUCCAGGUACAGCUGAGCCUGGAGGACUAUAUCAAUGACCGGCAGUACGACUCCCGCGGGCGCUUUGGGGAGCUGCUCCUGCUGCUGCCCACGCUGCAGAGCAUCACCUGGCAGAUGAUCGAGCAGAUCCAGUUCGUGAAGCUCUUCGGGAUGGUGAAGAUCGACAACCUGCUGCAGGAGAUGCUGCUGGGCGGUGCUUCCAAUGACGUCAGCCAUCUCCAUCAUCCGGUGCAUCCACAUUUGUCUCAGGAUCCAUUAACUGGACAAACCAUACUGCUCGGCCCCAUGUCAACACUGGUGCAUUCAGACCAGAUCUCAACUCCUGAAACCCCACUCCCCUCCCCACCACAAGGCUCUGGACAAGAACAAUACAAAAUAGCCGCAAACCAAGCUUCAGUCAUUUCACACCAGCCUCUCUCCAAACAAAAGCCAUUGUAAGGAGACGUUUACUUCUGAACAGCACUGCUUCAAUGUGAAACAUUGCCAGUCUUGAAAAUCUCAGGAUAGUGCUUUUGGCAAACUCUUAGCCAAGGCUUCUUCAUGGUGCUGUUGUAAGAUGGUAACAUAUUCUCUUGUUUUUAUACUCAUUUUGUUUGUUUUUGCUAUUGUCUGAAACCUUCAGUUGCAACCAUUGUAUAUCUGAGUUUCCAUACAUUUAUACCCUAUGGUUUUCCCAGCUCCCCUAGCUCCAGGCCUUAAACCAUUGAAUCUCAUGUACCACUUCUAUUUGUUGCCUCCAUAUUAAUUUAAAUCUGUAAAUAAUUGCUUUAGGGUGAUGUUAUGCAAAACUAAGUGUUCUUUUUUUUUUGACUGAGAAUAUUAUUAUAUCAGAAAUCCCAGAUGAAUAUACAAUGAACCAAGUUUUUAAUAAAUUUUAAAAUUGCAAAUUAGAAAACAGUAAAGCAGUUACUGUAAAAUAGGGCACAGUUCUUUGAAGAACAAUUCCUCAUGGACACCCUGUGGCUUAAGAAGUGUCUUUGGUCCACAGUUAAAUAUUCCUGUUUUCAGUUUAGAAAAAUAUAAAUAGCCAUUCCAAGGAUGACUGUGUAUUCUUUCAGAGCUGACUGCAUUUGAAGACGUAUGUUAAGAUAAAAGGUGUUAGUUUGAGCAGAGAGGUUACAGGUUAAACUGUGAAAAAGAAAUCCCUAAAAUAGUGGCUCCACCCAGAGAGACAUUUAUUUCUCCAUCCUAAAAAAAUACCUGGAAGUUGUCAUCCAUGGACUAGGACUUGGCACAUGCCCACACCCAAUUCCCAGGGAGACUGGGAGAGGAGGAAGGAAGCCUUGUACCAACCAACACUACAACUCGGGGAGACUAAUCCCGGGAGACAAAUUAACCACCCACAUACCACACACACGUGUGGCCUCAGCCCAUCCUCACAACAACCCUG